AGUUUGCUAGUGCGUUUGCAUAAGUUAAAUCUGCGCUUUAUCUGAUGAAAGCCGGCGGUUGUAUCAGCCCGCUCCACAGUUGGAAGAGUCCUCCUCCUCCUUGUAUGGAAGGCACGGUACGAUCGUCAGGCGGGGGUGGGGAACUCUUGCAAAUUGAUCUAGUGGGGGUCUGACACGAGCUUCCCAUUGCAGACAGGGAGACCAGGAGAACAUCCUUGCCUAUCAUAAAGAUUGCGUCCAGUUUUUGGAGAUAUAACGGCGAAUUGGCACGCGCGUAAAAACAAAUAAAAGCUCUAUAAGAAAUAAACCAGGAGAGAUAUUUUCAAAGUGGCCUUCAUGGCGGCUGAUCAGAUUAGCUAGCAGGGUACCAGACUGUUAUCUGGCAAAGUGUCACUGUAGGAGCAGCCGCGCGCUUGCUGCCUCUCUCGCGUCUCUCUCCGGAUCGGCACGUAUUGUGUGUGUCGGGAAAAUCAGCCCGACCAUGGAUACAUCAGUAGCGUUGGUCUUACUUCUCUCGGCGUUUAACAGUUUCUCCUCAGCGCUGUUCUCCUCACCACUCAUAAUAAAGGAGUGGGUGGAUCAGAUGCAGCACGAUCUGGUGGGCCUGGCUGAGAAGGCCAGUGGAGUGAAGAGCUUCGCCCAGAUCUUUCUAGACAAGAGGGCGCACUUCAGCGUGGAGCCCAACGACGCGGCUCAGCUGGUGGAGAACGCGGCCAGCAACAUCGAGAAGCUUCUCUGCAGCCGGUCCAAGACCCUGGAGGAACUGGCAGCGCACGCUGAGGCCUCCCAGAUGGAUCACCAGUGGAAGAACGAGUUUGUGGACGGCGACAUUGAGUACUACAACGCCAAGGACAAACUCGACUCCAACUCCACGGAGGGGAGGAAGAACCGGAUCAAGCCGGAAUUCAAGGAGGACCCGGACUUCAAGCGGCCCAUUUCCUACAACCACACGGCGGUCCACAUCCCCACCGACAUCUACGACGGCUCCACCAUUGUGCUAAACGAGCUGAACUGGACCAAAGCGCUGGAGGAGGUCUUCAAGAGGAACCGGGAGAACGACCCCACGCUCCUGUGGCAGGUGUUCGGCAGCGCCACCGGCCUGGCCCGGUACUACCCAGCCUCCCCCUGGGUGGACGCGAGCAAGACGCCGAGCAAGAUCGACCUGUACGACGUCCGCCGGCGCCCCUGGUACAUACAGGGGGCCGCGUCGCCAAAGGACAUGCUGAUCCUGGUGGACGCGAGCGGCAGCGUCUCCGGACUGACCCUCAAGCUGAUCCGGACGUCCGUCAGCGAAAUGCUGGAGACCCUGUCCGACGACGACUACGUCAACGUGGUUUACUUCAACACGCAGGUGAAGAACGCCGCCUGCUUCGGCCACCUGGUGCAGGCCAACGUGCGCAACAAGAAGAUCCUGAAGGACGCGGUCCAGAACAUCUCGGCCAGCGGCAUCACGGACUACAAGAAGGGCUUCGAGUUCGCCUUCGAGCAGCUCGCCUUCAAAAAUGUGACGCGCGCAAACUGCAACAAGAUCAUCAUGCUGUUCACUGACGGAGGGGAGGAGAGAGCUCAGGAAGUCUUUGACAAGUACAACAAAGAAAAGCAGGUGCGCAUAUUCACAUUCUCUGUCGGCCAGCACAACUAUGACAAAGGACCAAUCCAGCGGAUGGCCUGCAGCAACAAAGGGUACUAUUACGAAAUCCCCUCCAUCGGCGCCAUCAGAAUCAACACGCAGGAGUACCUGGAUGUGCUGGGCAGGCCCAUGGUGCUGGCGGACCGUAAGAACAAGGAGGUCCAGUGGACCAAUGUCUAUCUGGACGCACUGGAGCUUGGCCUUGUUAUUACAGGAACCGUUCCGGUUUUCAACAAGACCCUCGUAAGAGACGCUAAGAACCCAUCCCAAAAAAAGAAGCACCAGAAUCAGUUGAUUCUGGGAGUGAUGGCCAUCGAUGUGUCUCUGGAAGACAUUAAGAGACUCACUCCACGGUUCACACUCGGCCCCAACGGAUACUACUUCGCCAUGGACCCCAACGGCUACGUCCUGCUCCACCCCAACCUCCUGCCAAAGAAUCCUAAAUUCCAGGAGCCGGUGACCCUGGACUUCUUGGAUGCCGAACUGGAGAAUGAAAUCAAGGUUACGAUCAGGAAAGACAUGAUUGAUCUGAAGACGGGGAAUAUCAAGAUCCACACGUUGGUGAAAUCUCAAGAUGAGAGGUACAUAGACCGAGGAAUCCGCGCUUACACUUUCGCUCCGGUCAACGGCACCGACUACAGCUUGGCGCUGGUGUUGCCAGAAUACAGCUCGCACUACAUCCGCGCGAAAAUCGGAGACACCAUUACGCAGGCGAAAUUUUUCGAGACCAUGCAGCAGGAUAACUUCGAGGAGUACGGACACACCUUCAUCGCCCCCAGGGAGUACUGCAAGGACCUGAAGAUCUCCAACAACAACACGCAGUUCCUGAUGGACUUCAACGAGUUCAUCGACCGGAACACGCCCAACGACCACACCUGCAACGUCAGCCUGAUCAACAGGCUGCUGCUGGACGCGGGACUGACCUCCGAGCUGGUGAAGCGGUGGAAGGAGCAGAACGCGAGCGGAGUGGUCGCCAGGUUUGUCGCCACCGACGGGGGAAUCACGCGAGUUUACCCGAGCAGCGCCGGGGAGGACUGGAAAGAGAACGCCGAGACGUACGAGUCCAGCUUUUACAAGAGGAGUCUGGACAACGACAUCUACAUCUUCACCGCGCCCUUUUUCAACAAGAGCGGGGAGCCCAACCUGGACUCCGGCAUCAUGGUCAGCAAAGCCAUCGAGCUGAACAUCGACGGAGCCAGGCUGAAGCCAGCCGUGGUUGGAGCGAAACUGAGUGUUGCUGCUUGGAAGGACCGUUUCAUCAAAGCCACAAUGAAGAUCAAUUGCAAGGAUGAGAUCUGCGGUUGCCUAAGCAACGACCAGCACGUCGACUGCGUCAUCCUGGACGACGGCGGCUUCCUCUUGAUGUCCAACAGGGACAAGUACAUCGCCCAGAUCGGACAGUUCUUCGGCGAGAUCGAUCCCAUCCUGAUGAGGACCCUGGUGAACACGUCGCUGUACGCCUUCAACAAGACGUACGACUACCAGUCCGUGUGCGACCCGGAGCGAGACAGCAAAGCGGCGUCCGGCCAGCGCUCCGUCCGCAUCCCCACGAUAGCAGACGUCCUCCAUUUAGGCUGGUGGGCCUCAGCUGCUGCGUGGUCUAUAUUGCAGCAGUUAUUUCUAAGCCUCACGUUACCCACUUUACUUGAAGCAGCGAAUGUAGACGACGAUGUGCUGGAGGCCUUCUCCAAGGAGAGCUGCAUCACGGAGCAGACGCAGUACUACUUCGACAGCAGCAACAGGUCCUUUGGGGGCUCUCUGGACUGUGGAAACUGCUCCAGGCUGUACCGCGCAGAGAAGCUGGUCAACACCAACCUGGUGUUCAUCAUCGCCGACGCCGCGGAUCUGUGCACGUCCUGCGACGCCAGGCCGCUGAAACAAGCCGAGCAGCACUCCCAAGGCCCGGACCCCUGUGAACUGGCCCAGAACCCCAGGUACAGGAAAGGACCGGAUGUCUGUUUUGAAAACAGCAAGGAUGAGGACGACAGCGACUGCGGCGGGGGGUCCGGGCUGACCCCGUCUCUUUGGGCUGUGGCGGGCGGCCAGCUGGUCCUGCUCUGGCUCCUGGCCGGACCCCGGCGCUGCCCGACAUGACCGCAGAGCCGCCGGGGAGGGGGGCGUGGUUCAAAGGGGGGAAGGAGCACCGCCACGACGCUUACGUUUUUUCGAGACGCCGCCGGAUUUUUCUCGCUGAGAUUUUUUCGCCGAACGGGAGGGAGAGGAGGACCGAUGAAACACCUCAGAGCUUGGAGAUCUGGAAGUGAGUGUUCCACGCCCCCCUCUGGGCCCCUGCUCUGGAGGUUCGCAGAGGACAAGCAAAGAGCCUCGUGUGUGUGGAGAGCGGCACAUCCCACAGGGGUGAGCGUGUGGACACUGCCUUAUCCCUUAAGGGGGAAAUGGAAGGAAACGCUUCUUCAUUUUACAUUGUGUGGAGUUUUUUUGGUGUGCUGCUUUGCAGAAGAAAAAAAAAGUUAAAAUAAAAAAAAGAACUGAAUUGGUUAUAUAUUACACUGCCAAAACUUUUCAAACAAUUGUUUGUUUUUUUGUUUGUUUUUUUUUUACCUGAUAGUUUGGGUUUGCGGUAAAUAUCUGGCAUGCCAGUAAAGUCAGUAUUUAGUUGUUAUAACCUCUUCGCUAUUAAUAGUAAAGGCCAAGAAUACUAACAUAUAUAAAAAGUGAUCAUGGGGUGCUACUGGUUCAUGGUGUUCCACGCCAUGAAGGUUCAAAACGGUUUUCUAAUAAUGGCUGUAUAAUCUUUUUAGUUGGACUGCAUGGUCACGGUCACAUUUCAUCGACGUCUCUGUCAUCUACUGAUCCCAGGGGGUCACCAGUGAUGUAUUUCAGGAUCGAUACCCAGCCUCCAUCCGUAGGCCUUCAAACAAAGGAGAGGUAACUGCCAGGUACAGUCGUACCUUUUAAAAUACAGGGCGUCUACGCCAGGUCAAAGGGCAACUUAGUUACACUUGGUGUAGCCAGCUUAUUUCUACUGCAGUUUAAAUAUCAAGAGCUGACCAAACCUUUUCUAUCGUGAUUUCUGAUUGUAUUUAUUUACUAGUUUUUCCCUUGACAAUACAUUUUUUUGGUUUUCUUUUGUUUGUUUUUUUUUUUUCAAUAGGAGGGGCUGAUGGAUCUUCUUGCAUGUGGCUGGUAUACGUUGCAUUGCUAGUUUUGAUUGUAACGGUUUGAUUAGUGCUAUGUACAGAGGGACUACCGCAAGGGGACACAGGAACUGGAGGAGUAAUAGAGUUUGGCCUGCAAUGACAUUUGGGCAAACUGCUGAAGUAUCAGUUUCAAAGAAGGCUACUAAUGACCAAAUGCUUCUGAGUAACUGUUGCUUGUAUUUUUUAAGGCGCAAUGCCAUUUUUUUUUUUUUUUUUUUUUUUACAUUGAAAUUUUCCCUCUCAUUCAUAAAAAAAACUUAAUCCAACAAAGCAUUACCAAACUUCAACAUGUCUGAAAACCUGGACUGCAUGCCUCCCAACUGGAGUUUGGAAGAAAUACAGGAAAGUCUCUGAACUGUAAUAAAUCUGGGCCAAGGAAAAAUGUGUUUUUUAAAGUAAAAAAAAAAAAAAAAAAUCUGAAUAGCCGGUCUCCAAACUGGAAUUUUGAGGAAAUACAGUGAAGAGUUGGAACUGCAUUACAUAUGUCCCAGAGCAAGAAUUUUCUCUUUUUUUUUUUUUUCUUUAUUAACAUCCGACUUCAUUUGAACACGUGAUGUCAGAUAUCAGCCUUGUGGCUCGCUCGUUCCCUGUCACACUCUGGAUUCUCAAUCGCAGUUCCAGAAUGCGCGUUUUCAGGGUUCUCGUUGUGCUGAAGUACUUCAGGGAGUGGAGGGCUCGUGGAGAUAUUCAUCCUGCAGCACGCAGUCCUGUCUGUUAUGUUUACAGAGCCACUGUACCUCCAGGGUUGCUUGCUUAGCACUCUGGAAUGAUUAUUAUUAUUUUUUAAAUUUUUUAUACAUCAAAUCUCACAAUUAAUUUCCCUUUUCUUAAAGAAUCUGGAAUCCUUGGCUUUCCGUAUCGUUUGAGCGCACACACUAAUUACCUGGCACGGAACACAGUUGAUAUUUUAGUCCCUCUCUUAAGCAGCGUCUUAAGACAUAGCCAUUUUGCGACUUUUAAAAAAAAAACAGAUGACUCUCACACCAACCAACUUUUCUACCCGUAUACUUUCACAUACUUCAUUGUUUUUGGUUUGUUUUAGCAUUAAUAUUAUGGGUUACUGUAUCAAUUACUUUUGAUUAUUGAAUGCAGCUAAUGUAUGUGGAUGUGAAACGCACUUUGGUAUCUGUACUUGCUGAACACUUUUAGACUGUAUGGGCAUCGGGUAUAGACGUCUUUUUGCAUCAGUCACUGUGGUCUGUGCAUUCAUACUGGGGCCAAAUUCAGAGUAAACAAAGUAUACUUUGUCCUCUAUGUUGAGAAGCAAGUUUAAUGAAGGAUUGCUUUUUGUGCUUACACAACAUGAUAAGCUUGAUGACAGUGCAUAAUAUUGUGCAUGAACUGGGGUGAAACAGCCACACUUGACUAAAUUUGAUAGUGAGGUUUGCUAAUUUGCUAUGUUGGCAAUCUUGCCGUUACUUUUUAACUCUUCUGUUAAUCUGUCAAACUGUUUUGUCAAAACAUCAAAUAAUUACAGUACAAUUCAUAUCAGUGAUUGUAUUCUGUAUUCAGCAAGCUGAAACUGAACUUACUAACUUAUUAGUUAAAAAACACAACACACAAUAAAAUGAGCAGAUUCAUAACAUAAUUUAUGCUUUGAAAGAAAUUCAUGUUUUGACCCCAAGUCAUUUAAUGUUCAGGGACCUUUUUUAGUAUUUUUAUUUAUAUAUAUUUUUUGUAGAUAUUUUAUUGUAUUUCAUUUAUUUAUUUAUGUUAUAUUAUUUAUUUUCAUUACAGUUUAACAAAAAAAUUCACGGAAAUCUCCAAUGUUUAUUUUAUUUAUUUAACCUUUAUUUAACCAGGUAAAAGUGAUGGAGAACAAAUUCUCAUUUACAACACUGACCUGGCCAAGAAGGCAUGCGUCAAUCAAAAAACAAUGUUACACUGUGCCAUAGGAUUUUUCCACCUGUUAAAGGAAAUGAUAAAAGUCACUACGAGUGCCCAAACAGGUGAUUUUAGGUGAUGCUUGGAAAGGUGAACAUCACCUGGUGAUUAACUGUUUCCUUUACUGCAUGAGUUUACUGUGCUUCGGUGAUAGACAAUGAGGUGAGGAGAAUGCUAAUGUUAAGCCUAUGUUUUAAUAUAGAAAAGUGCUACUGCCAUUUUUGUGAAAGACAGCAAUUGCAUUGUUUUUAUUGGUUAAAUCUACCUGGAUGUAGAUUUGCAGGUUUUUUUUAAAGAUCUGCAGAACAAGUGCAAAGGUAAAACUGCAAUUGCAGCCUUUCUGUCCUGUAAUAUUGUGUUUUCAUAUACUGUGAAAUAAGAAAACUUAUUGCCUUUAAUAUUUUUUAAUUAACUUCUGAGACCUGCCAAACUCAUGUCAGAUAACAAAAAAAAAGUGGAGAAUCAGGAUGCAAGCUCUAGCUAUUGAGUUAAGUUGUCAAAAAAAAUCUCCAAAAGGACCAAAAGGAAUUGACUUGGUAAAGGUGGAAACACACAACAUGACUGCUUUGAGCGAUUAGUGGAGGGUGCAUGAGCUCUACAGGGUAAAGCAAGCCUGUGUUACUCCCCAAAAUGACCUCAGAUAUGUGGAACAUGGGAUGUCAAACGAUAUUGCCUUUUUUUCCUUCUUUUUUUCUUUUUCUUAAAAAAAAAAGAAAAA